AUGCAAGACGAGCACAGCACACACCAAGUUGAGUGUUUGCUGCAAUGGCACAAAGCUGUACGCGCAAUUGCAAUAGCUACAAGCAUCAUCUCGGCGCGGCACCUCUUUCAUGAUGGCUUUCACUAUCCUCCACUUCUAUUGCUAGCUCAUACGAUCAUCGCGCUGCUAUUGCAGCUAUGUGUUGCGAAGAACGAUGCGCUGAUAUUGCAGAGGAGGCAAGGCGGUAGCCUAACUCAAUGGACAUGGCAGGUCGUCUUCUCGGCGCUCAUUGCAGCCGGUCUGGUGCUCGCCUAUCAAGCGAUGUUGCACACAAGAAAUACGACGCUAUGCUUGAUGGCCUUGGGCUUGACUUGGAUCGUGACUGAUCGCGCUGUCACCUUGGUCGUCCGCCCGAAUCAGAACAUCGUCGCCGAGGAGCUGCUUCGUCUGACGACUAUCGUUGCUUGCAUCGGCUUGCUGUUCUGGAAUGAGAGGAUGCUUGACGAGAAAGGAAUCCAGGUAUGCCAUGUCCGCUUAGUGAUGAUGCAUUGCACUGACCCAGCGAAGCUCAUUCUCUAUGCCGCCGCCUGCGGACCACUCGCAAAGUUCCUUCACGACAACAACUAUGUCGAAGAUCAAUUACAUUUCGGAUUUAUCCGGUUCAGCGCCCAUGCUAGCGGUCUUAUCACAUCUGUAUUUCUCGCAGCUACUAUCCUCGGUAUCUCUGGUUGGCGCAAGCGACGAGAUUUUCACUUGCACGGACGAUUGCUGUGGGUCCUGGUAUCUUUGAUCGCAGGUGCUGUAUCAAUCACAAGCACUGCAGUGCUACAAUGGAUUACAUCUGAUCACAGCAUGGCUCUACGGUUACCCUUUGAUUUCGACCUCGGCAGCCCAAGUCUUGCAUUGCUUCUGGUCACCGCUCUUGAAAUCGACAAUCAGGUUGCGCAACAUCGGCCAACCAUUACAUCGACUGAGCAAUGGCUUGCUUUCGCAGUAGCAUGUGCCUCGACGGUCGAUUGGGCGACCGUGCUGUUCAUGGACGGACUGUCCAUCUCCAGAGCAUUGAGACCUGCGCUCCAUUACGAGGCCGUGGAACAAGACGAGAAUCCAUAUUAGAAUGGAGCACGCCCGGACGUGCGUACUUUCGAUGUAGAGGAUUGUGGGAGAGAGUUGCAGGGAGCGUCGUGGCGGCGCCAGAUCUCCCUCGCUUGGCAGAGCUUUUUCGCCGGCUCAUUGCUACUGCUCAUUCUUUUCAGCGCAAUUCACAUGAAUCACCCGCACCAUGAUGCGCCCUCUCCGCGGCGAGGCCGAUCAAGCACAGGAGCGGAUCUGGAUGUGGUCAUCGCCUGGUAUGGACCAUGUGAUUAACACUGCAGCUUUGGCUUCUCAGCUCCGCACUACAAAGGAUCUCAGCGUCCGGACUGUCGUAUACAACAAAGGCACCUUGAACGAGACAGAAUUGCGGUCACGGUUUCCGGCAGAUCGUGAGCUCGUCAUUAGGAAUUUGGAUAAUGUCGGCAGGGAAGGUCAUACGUACCUGUCUCAUCUGCUUGGAGAUAGCAACGACUUCUCGCCGCACACAAUGUUCAUCCAAGCAGAGCCACGCGAGCACGGGUAUCUUCAGAGACGUCUGCAGGAUUAUUUGGUAUCAAACACCGGAUUCCUGUCACUGUCCUACGCUCGAAACUUCUGCUCCGAUUGUGAUAAGUGCAACGACCAUUCAGGUUGGCCCGUGGAUGGCAAUGUCCUACGUGACGUCUUCGAGCGCUCCAAUAACGGAACUAGUUGCGGCGACAUCAGCUUGACGCAUAGAGGACAGUUCGUCGUCUCGGAGGAACGAAUGAAGCAUUCAAGGUGCAAUGGCAUGGAGAUUGAGACUUGCCUACUGAGUGCUGGUCAUGUCGUCGUUGGAGGUCCCAUGACAUACGGAAAUGCAGCAUUAUUGAAGCAGAGGUCCCAGUCCGUUCCUCAUCAGUCAUUCGUAGUGAAGUCCAUAUGGUUCUACGUGUGUACCGAGCUACGGAGCGGCAAAUAGGAAGCUACGACAAAAGUGAGACUUCG